AUGUCGGGAGAAAAGCAGCAGGCGAACGUCGGCAAGAAGAGAGACGCCGCCCCUGCCCCACCUCCUCAACCUGCUCAGCCUGCCCAGAGCUGGGGUUCGGGCUAUGCUGGAUUGACGCCCGGCUCCGCCGCCGAACAUCUGAAGAAGGCUAACGACCUUAUUCGGCAAAACAAUGCCGAUUAUGCUCCUUGGUUGAUCCGUCCCACGAAUAUUCUAUCGGGCUGUACAUAG